AUGGCAGCUGGAGCAGAUGCAUACGCCAUGGUUGAUUCGUUCAAGAUUCACGAGAGAGUGAACUCACAAAUUUUAACUGGCGUGAUGGCUUUUGUGAUGGGCAUUUUGACCAUGGUGAAGAUGACCAGGAACAUGCCCAAGAAGCUCACAGACGCCAACUUCUACUCCAACUUGGGCGGUGAAUACAAGGGGCAGGCCAAUAACUCCGACCAAAUGACCAUCCCUGCCGUCUCUGCUCAAGAGUUCAUGACUGUGAUGAAGCGCAUGGCUGAGUUGGAAGAGAAAAUGACCAACAUGAACAACCUCACCAUCUGCAUGCCUCCUGAGAAGGAGGAAAUGCUCAAUGCCGCUAUCACCCGAGCAGAUACUUUGGAGCAAGAACUCAUGGCAACCAAAAAGGCUUUGGAGGAGUCCCUUGCUAAGCAACAGGAGCUUUCGGCUUACGUUGAAAAGAAGAAAAAGAAGAAGAAGAUGAUGUUCAUUUGGUAA